GCAAAAUAACAAAUUUAAUUGUUUAUAUGAUUUCAAAAGAUAACCAACCCAUUUCUAUAGUAGAAGAUAAAGGUUUUAAAUUAUUAAUAAAAUCAUUAGCACCACUCUAUAAAAUGCCUAGUAGAAGGAAUGUCUCAAGAAAAAUUGAUGUGAAAUAUGAAGCAUUGGCAGGUAUUUUUAAAGAAACGCUUUCAAUUUCUAAUAAUUUUUCAUUAACUACAGACAUUUGGACAGAUAUACAAACACGUAGUUAUUUAGGUAUCACCGUUCACUUUGCUAAUACCUCCACGUUCACAUUAAAAUCUGGUAUACUUGGAGUUUAUGACCUAAGUGAAAGACAUACAUCAGAUUAUAUAGCAGUUAAAUUAAAAGAAGCCUGCUUUGAAUGGGAAAUUCCUAUGAAUUCGGUCACUGCUGUAAUUACAGAUGGAGCAAAUAACAUGACAAAAUCUAUAGAAUUAGCUUUUGGAAGAAAUCAUCAAAUUCCUUGUUUUGCUCAUACAAUUAAUUUAAUAGCAGAAAGAUCACUGUCAAAUGUAGCUGAAUUGACAAAAUUAAUUUCAAAUGUUAAAUCAAUUGUUACCUGGUUUAAGCACAGUGUGGUUGGAAGCGAUGAUUUAAGAAAAUUGACAGGCGGGGAUGGUAAAUUAAUCCAAGAAGUUUCCACUCGUUGGAACAGCACAUUCUACAUGUUACAACGAUUUAUAUCUCUACGCCCAUUUGUAAAUGAAAUAUUAAAUAAGAACAUUAAAGCACCUGAAAUGAUAUCUGCACAAAGUGUAUUAGACAUUACAGAAGUGAUAGAAGUUCUUAAACCUUUGGAAGCAGCAACAAGAGAGUUGUGUGGUGAAUUUUAUGUCACUAGUAGUGUAAUUAUCCCAAUGACUCAUUUAUUAUAUAACAAAAUAAAUCAAACUAAAACUACAACAAUCAUAAGUUCAAAAUUAAAAGUUGCUUUAUUAGAACAAUGCCAAAAGCGUUUUGAAUGCAUAGAAAGUGUAACACAGGUAGCAAUUGCCACUAUUUUGGACCCUCGUUUCAAAAAGAUAUACUUUAAAUCAUCUAUAGCAUUAUCCCGAGCUCUAAGUAUAAUAUCCGAUACAUUGAAAACAUCAACAGAUCAAGUAGAAAGUAUUCCACAACCAGAUUUAACAGGUACUUAUACUUUUAAAUAUUUUUUAUUAGACCAAGAACAGAAUACAUCUGAUGGAUUCAGCUUAUGGGAUAAUCAUAACGGCUUAAUGCAACAAACCAACCAGGAAUGCAUUGAAACGGAAAUUGGAUAUCCUUCAGAGUUGUGCCUAUAUUUAAAAAGCAAUCUAGCAAAUUUAUCAGAGAAACCCUUAGAAGUAUGGCAUAACAUGAGUACUGUCUAUCCAAAUCUAUCUAAACUUGCUAUUAAAUAUCUCUCAAUAGUUGCCACCUCUGUGCCCUCAGAGAGGUUAUUUUCUAAAGCCGGGUCAACUUUAAGUACUAAAAGGAAUAGAAUUACAUGUAAAAGACUUCAUAAGCUAUUAUUUUUGCAAUCACUAGAUGAUAGUUUAUGGGGGAUUUGAUUAUGUUUAUUAUUUACUAUUAAUAUAUUUAUAUUAAUAUUUAAUAUUAUUAAUA